UCAACUCAAAUCAAUAAAAUUUAAUAAAAUUAAAAAUAUAAAUAAAUUUAUUAUUUUCAGUAUAAAAUAAAAUUCAAAUAUUUUAUAAACUAAAUUGUAUUUUAAUAUAAAAUAAUUUUAGCGCAAACUCACCCACCCGUAGGGAGGGGGGGCAACCCCUAGUAAUUUAUGUAAUCUAAUUGCAAUUUGUUUUUAAUUCAAAUAUUUACAUACGUAUUUUUAUGAGUCGAUAAAAUUAAAAAAAAAAUAUACAAACAGAAAAAAGAAUGCACAGAUCGGACGGUUAAACCAUGACAGACCCUUAAACAUGCCAGGGACGGGAGAUAAAUCUAGCUACAAAAGGCACAAAGGAUCUCUCGUUCACAUCCAUAGACACGCCAGAUCUAACCCUAAUUUAGCGACAAAGUCUCCAAUUUGUAACCAUGCCCGAAGGCAAGAGCGAAUAUUUCUCCGGUAAUUGGACACACGUCUUCUGGCUCACGGAUGACUACCCAGUCCCUAUUGAUUUCAACAUUGAUGAUAUCCAUGAAGCAAUCAAAGAAGCUCUUCUUCGAAUGGGUUUCGAUAAGGUUCAGCCAAUCCGGAAGUUUUGUGACAAAAACAAACAGUGUGAUGCUUCAGCUCCUCUCACAAUGGUUAGGGAAAUCCUUUUUCUAGCAGCAUCGAUGUGUGAUGAUCCAGUAAAUUUAAUUGUCAUCGCAAAACAAAGCACACACCCUGAGGUUGACAGGGUUCUUCACUGUUUGGAAUCCAGAAACAACCCUGUUCUCCUAGUACAGCUGCCUGAUGACUUUUCUGUGGACUCACUGGUUGCUUCGACACACGAUUUACGUGGAGGAAAGCCUCAAAGGCCAGAAAGUUAUGUUUUUCCUUUAAAUUUGGAAAUUGGUUCUGGUUCUGGUUCUGACUCAGACUAUGAUUCUGAUACUGCUACGGAGGAGUCUGCUUAUAGGUGGAGGAAAAGAGUCACCUAUAAGCUCUCAUAGGGUUUCAGUGAUUGUGAUUGUAUCUGGUUUUUUGUUUUCUGUCAAGAGUCUUUGGUAUGUCUUUCAUCUUUGUUCUGUUAAACUUUUUUUUGGCUUCAAAUGAUUUGCAGUUUUGUUCCCUUUUUCUAAACUCUGCUCGACCUACUGCUUUCUCCAAUAAUUUUUGGUUUCCUGCAA